AUGGAGGGAGCUGAGGAAAACAGAGAAAUAAUCGAUCUGCUCCGUAGAUUUACGAAAAUACGCAGCGAGUGCCCUAACGAGAGCAAGAAGAAGCUCCCGGAGGAGGAGGAAGAAGAAGACGAGGACGUGGAGCUCGGCCUGGGCCUGUCGAUGAACGGGAGGUUCGGGGUGGACCCCAACAGGAGCAAGAAGCUGAAGCGCUGCUCGUCCAUAGCGGACGUGGCCCUGGCGAAGGCAGGGCCCCAAGCGCGCGUGGCGGGGGUCGAUUUGCACGGGCCGCUGUCGAGGACGCGGUCCCUGCCGGCGGGGACGGAGGAGGAGUGGCGCCGGCGGAGGGAGCUGCUGACAGCGAGGCGGAUGGAGGCGAGGAGGAAGAGGAUGGAGAGGAUGAGGAAUCUGAGGGUGCCGCCGAGGGACGCCGCCGCCGCCGGCGGGAGAAAUAUGCCGCCGCGCGAGGCUGUCGAGUCGUCGUCUCAAGGGUCGGUUGGGCCGAUGAGGAGCGGUUCGUCUGGCUCGUCUGAUCUAAUUGAAGGACCGAAACAAAAUGCUGAGGUGUCGCCUUCUAGUUCCAGCAGGCAGAUUCCAAAGGGGCACGAGCCAGCUGGCCGAGCCCUCGAGAGAGAAGCAAAAAGCGCCACGUGUCAACAUGUCAAGAACACGAUGCGCGACAUGCCGUAUGUGACCACUAGAGAAGUCGGGCCUAACGGCCGUAGAGUCGAAGGAUUCUUGUACGGUUACAAAAAAGGCGAGGAUGUUAAAAUCGUGUGUGUUUGCCACGGCUUGUUUUUCACGCCCAAGGAGUUUCUCGAGCACGGUGGGGUCCGGGGUGACGUGGAGCAUCCGUUGAAGCAUAUUGUCGUUAACCCUUUUCCCCUUUUGUGA